CUCCAGUUAGAGAACUUCAUAUCGAACGCGACAUGGUUGACGUUCCCUAUCGCCCCGCAUCCCCCGUCCGACUUGCCGCUUAUGGCCUGAUUGCAGCAUUCUCCCUUCAUUUUCUCAUGCCCCUGCUCCCGGUCUCCCCUACUGUUCUGCGAUGGAUUGAGGUGCUCGUGGGCUUCAUGGCGCUGUCAUGGUUGACGAGUUUGUUGUACAAUGAUUAUCGGCGAGGUGGAAUGUUGUUGUCUUCAGCCAGGGAGGAACUGUUAUUGGUGGGCGCUUUCGGGCUAUUCUGGCUCGCUGUCGCUGCCAUUUUCCGAGCAUGGCACCGCGGGCAAUCACCAGCAACCGCAGCUGAAUCGCUUCUCGGAUUUCCGGUUGCUCCAAUUGCCGGGAUUGCUCCAGGCACGGGAGCUGCUGGGGUUGCUCCUGCUCAUCCCAAUGCCGGUGCAGCAUUCUCCGGUGGCAAUCUGCCAUAUGUACCGCAUCCAGUGAAUACAUUGCCCACUGUGGUCCCACAGGCAAUGGGCAGCCCCCUGCGAAGAGUGACAUACAUUGUCGAAGAGGUUUGGCAGCGGUAUUUCUAGCCAUACCGAGGAGAAGCACAAAUACGACCUGAAAAUCUCUCGUUAAGGAGGCUGGUCCUGUAUGUAUGCAGUGGUUUGGUGUAUAACUGAUAGUACAAGAUGAGAUCUUCAUAC